UAAUGAAAGAAUAAUGGCAGUUUCGUUAAUACUACAGAUAAAGAAGCCCGUUUGAACAAAUAGGUCAGGUUAUAAGAAGCUACACACCAACGCUUAACCUUGUUGUCUUCAGCUGUGUACAGAGUCAAGAGAGAGAAAGAAAGGAGAAACACACAAAUUUCAACCAAAAGAAAGAAAUCGAAGAAGACUCUGAUUCACGGAGAAGGUUUUGGUUUAGAGAGGAGAAAGAUGAACACACGCGCGAUCUACGCCGUCAUAGCGAUCCUCGCGAUCGUAAUCUCAGCCGUAGAAUCUAGCGGCGACUUCGUAGAUUCGCUAGAUUUCGUAAGAACCGCCGCCGGAGGAUCUUCUUCUUCUUCGUCGUCGUUAUUCUCCGGAGGAUGCAAAGGAUCGAUCGCAGAGUGCAUAGCCGAGGAAGAAGAGAUGGAGUUCGACUCGGACAUCAGCAGGCGCAUUUUAGCGCAGAAGAAGUACGUUAGCUACGGUGCGAUGAGGAAGAACAGUGUGCCUUGCUCUCGACGCGGUGCUUCGUACUACAACUGCCAGCGUGGAGCUCAGGCGAAUCCUUACCGCCGUGGAUGCAGCGCCAUCACUAGGUGCAGGCGUUGAAAACAAAAAAAAGGAAAGAUGAGUUUUGAGUUUUUCACACUCCAACAAUUCCUAUUUUGCCCCCUUCUUUUGUGUUUAUUUUUUUAAUUAUUUUUUUUUCUUUUCCGGGAUAUAUGGGUUUGAUUGAUUUACACAUUUGGAAACUAUCAUACUAGUAGUCUUUUGUUUUGAAAAACAAAAACAAAAUUGCUUCUCUUGUUUUUUUUUUUACUUUUUUUUUGUUUUUUGUUCCAUAAAUAUACAUAUAUAUAAAUAAAUAAUUCGAAUUUGCGUAAAUUAAAAAUAAGUUAUUAGACCGAGAAGUGGGUGAUUUUGAGAUCUGUGCCUAGUUUUGUGUGUGUGUGUUGAUUACCGUUAGUUUAUUUUUUUUUUGAAUCUGAGGCUUGACAAUACAUAUAUAGAGUAAUACUAUGUGGACCGUGUUGUUGUUAAUUAGCACUUAAUUAAGUAGUAGUAAAAUGUUGUUAAUUACAUAGACAAGAAGAUCAAGCAGAAUUGAAUUUACAACCUUUAUUA